AUGAAAUAUAAUACAUCUUUGUUCGUUGCACUUAUAAUAGGCUUAUGCCAAGCAGUAAGUGCCCUUAUAAGAAAUUCGAAUACUCCUCAGGCCUUUUUAAUACCUGAAUUGAAUAAUAAUGAAAAUACUGAAUUUAAUAAUAAUGAAGAAAAUUGUGAUAUACAAAAAAUAGCGGAAGAAAUGAUGGAGAAUUUAUUGAAUGAAAAAGAUAUGUAUACUAAUAUAAUGGUAGCAUUACAAAAUAGAUUAAGUGAUGAUUAUUUAUGCUCAGAACCAAAAUAUGAGAAUAUAUGUAUACAUGAAAAAGAUAAAAUAUCUUUAUCUUUUCCUUGUUCAAAUCCUAAAUAUGAAAAAUUAAUACAUAAAUUUACAUUUAAAAAAUUAUGUAAUUCUAAAGCAGCUUUUAAUAAUACAUUACUUAAAUCUUUUAUUGAGGAAGAUGAAGAACAAAAUACAUUUAGUCUUAUGCUAAAACAAUUUAAAACAUUAUUAACAUGUGUGGAUGAUGAAUUAAAAGGUAUAUAUAAAGAAUCUAUUGAUUUAUUAAUCGAUUUAAGAACAUCUAUUACUGAAUUAACACAAAAAUUAUGGUCAGAUAAAAUGGUUAAUGUUUUAAAAAAAAGAGAAUUCCUAAUAGCUGGUAUUUUGUGUGAAUUAAGAAAUGGUAAUAAAUCACCACUAAUUAGUAAAAGUUUAGAAUUUGAAAAUCUAGGAAUCUUAAAAAUUAAUAAUGAAGAAUUAUUAAAUGAAGCUUAUAACGCUUUUUCAGAUUAUUAUUAUUUUUUUCCAUAUUUUAUUCAAAGCUUAUUACAAAAAGGAGGAAUGAUUGAAAGGUUAAUUAAAAUCCAUGAAAAUUUGACUAAAUAUAGAACUAAAGAUAUGGUAAAUAAAAUUAAUGCACAAUCAAAGGGUGAAGUAUUAAAUAAUGAAGACAUACUUAAUAAACUAAAUAAUUAUAAGCAUUAUUCAAAACAUGGUAUAUCUUCAUUUAUCCAAUCGAAGGAAAUAAAAAUAGUAAACCAAAAUGUAAGCACUGACAACACAAAUAAGAGUCACCAACAAGAUAAUAAUAGUAAAAAUAAUAAUCAACAGGUAAAUAAUAAUAAUAAUAAUAAUGAUAAACAAGUAAAUAAUAAUAAUAAUGAUCAACAGGUUAAUAAUAAUAAUAAUAAUAAUAAUCAACAAGUAAAUAAUAAUAAUAAUAAUAAUCAACAAGUAAAUAAUAAUAAUAAUAAUAACCAACAGGUAAAUAAUAAUAAUAAUAAUAACCAACAGGUAAAUAAUAACAAUCAAAAGACAAAUAAAAACGAUAUACAUGCACAAAAUAACAACCACACAACUGCAGAACACAAAAAUAAUAUUUUAUUCAAUCCUUUAUACUCCAUCAAUCCAGAAAAACCAAAAGAUAUUGUUAGAUUAUUAAAAGAUUUGAUAAAAAAUUUACAUAUUGUUAAAUUUGAAAAUAAUGAACCUACCACAAAAAUAGAUGAAGAAGGAAUUAGAAAACUUUUAGAAAAUACUUUUUUCGAUUUAAAUGAUGAUAUUCUUAUAGUACGUUUAUUAUUAAAACCACAAACAGUAAUAUUAACAGUCAUACAAUCCUUUAUGCUAAUGACCCCUUCUCCAUCAAGAGACGCAAAAGCUUAUUGUAAAAAGGCAUUAAUUAAUGAUCAACUAGUACCAACCAAUGAUACUAAUAUUUUGUCAGAAGAAAAUGAAUUAGUCAAUAAUUUCUCUACCAAAUAUGUUUUGAUUUAUGAAAAAAUGAAAUUACAAGAAUUAAAAGAAAUGGAAGAAAGUAAACUAAAAAUGAAAUAUUCAAAAACAAAUUUGUCAGCUUUAGAAGUUAGAAAUCCACAAAAUAAUAAAGAUAAAAAUGAUCCAUCCAAUAAUAAUAAUAACACAAAUAAUAACACAAAUAAUAAUAAUAAUAAUAGUAGUAGUAGUAGUAGUACACCAUUAAUUGCUGUAGUUACUGAUUUAUCUGGUGAAAAAACAGAAGACAUAAUAAAUAAUAAUGUAGACAUAGCAACAUUAUCAGUUGGAAUACAAAAUACUUUUGAAGGACCAAAUGCAAAGGCUGCAAGUUUAAUUAAUCACAUUUCAUAUGCAACAAUACUUUUUUUCUCUUUUAUUUUAAUUAACUUGUUAAAUUAA